AUGGCCUUGUGUUUCAAGCAGGGGAUAGAGGCAGUGCAGGGCGCAAGCGAGCUCCCAUGGCGGAUGGCUCGACUGCAGCACAUCUUCCACCAUGAGGGAGUUCCCACCAUCCCAUCACCUUCCAGUGCACCUGCCAUCCAUUUGAUUGCCCCAUCCCUUUCUUGUACCAUCUUGUUCCCCCAUCCCUUUCCCCCAUCUCAUUUUCCCAUCCCUUUCCCCCAUCCCAUUCCCCCGUCUCAUUCCGCCUUCCCCUUUCCCCAUGCUAUUCCCCCAUCCCAUUCGCUCCCCAUCCCGCCCACAUAUCCCCUUUUCUCAUCCUACUCCCCUAGCCCAUACCGCACGUCCCCUCGUGUGUGUUCCCUGGCAGCACCUGGACACCCUUUCACCCCAUGGGGAGGCCGUGAGAGGGAAGGCUCGGAAAACUGCCCCUACACUGCCCCUUCACUGCCCAAUCACUGCCCCUACACUGCCCUUUCACUGCCCCUUCACUGCCCCUACACUGCCCCUUCACUGCCCCUUCACUGCCUCUUCUCUGCCCCUUCACUGCCCCUUCACUGCUCCUUCACUGCCCCUUCACUGCCCCUACACUGCCCCUUCACUGCCCCUACACUGCCCCUACACUGCCCCUUCACUGCCCCUUCACUGCCCCUUCACUGCCCCUUCACUGCCCCUUCACUGCUCCUUCACUGCCCCUUCACUGCCCCUUCACUGCCCCUUCACUGCCCCUUCACUGCCCCUUCACUGCCCCUUCACUGCCCCUUCACUGCCCCUACACUACCCCUACACUGCCCCUUCACUGCUCACAACUCUCAUACGAUGCUUCCUUUCCGUGUUCCUCUCCAUCCUUGUACUUUCACCACUUCGUAUCGCCCACUGAAUGCUGCCACUAACCUCUCAGCCCCAACCCCGGCAUGCCUCCCAGCAGCCACACCCGCUCAGAGGGGGGUAGGAGUGGGCUCUGGGGGCUUAGGCGGACGUGCUGGAGGGUGCAUGAGGGGGAUGUGUGAGGCGGGGGAAAGGAGGGGGGAGCAGGGUGCGGGCAGCAUGUGGGAAAGAGAGAGGAGGGUGGGAGUGGCAGGUGGAGUGCAUGGGAUGGGCUGCAAACACAGCCAGUGCAAAGGGGACGAGAUGCAUAAGGGGCACAAUGGUAGAGGGAGCUGCAUAUCACCUGUGUGA